AGAGGAAGGAAGGAAGGAAGGAAGGAAGGAAGGAAGGAAGGAAGGAAGGAAGGAAGGAAGGAAGGAAGGAAGGAAGGAAGGAACUGUUGCCGUGUCCUGGGGUCAUCUGAUCCCCUUAUCUGAUCUUCUGACCAGCAAAGUCAAUGGGGAAAGCCGAAUUCACUUAACAACUGUGUUACUAACUUAACAACUGCAGUGAUCCACUGAACAAAUGUGGCAAGAAACGUCGUAAAACGGGGCAAAACCCGCUUAACAAAUUUCUCACUCAGACGCAUAAAUUUUGGGCUCAAUUAUGCUUGUAAGACAGUCAUGAACUGUCUGUAUUCCUCUCCUCUUUCUGUAGCUUUCUGCCUUGCAAGACUUUUUCCUGGCCAUCCAGAUCUUGGCCUUAAUAUUUAUUAAAUCGAUAAUGCUUCCUGCCUUUUAGGCUUUCUUGAAGCCACCCUUUUUGACCAGCUUUUAAAAUCCUGGAUUAGAUUUGAUGAAGAAAAGGAUUUUUGGCUCCUGAUGAGUUGUUGGUUUCGAUUAGAAUCCUGCAAAACUGAAAUAUUCAUCUCUACGGACCGACCUCCGAAGGUUAUAAUGAAAACGUUUUUUUUCCUGCUGUAGCAUCAGAGAUUGGAAGGUUUUCAGCUUGCAUUGUGAAAUGUUCAGGGGUGUUUACAGACAAAUCUUUUAUUGUGCAAUUCUCAUCUUUGGCUUGUCUAUGUUCUGGGCAUAACCCUUCCCUUGCACAUUUAAUAGAAACGCCAUGUAUCUCAUCCACUUCUGGAUUUUUUUUUAAUAUUCACUGGAAGAACAUUUUUUUUAAGGACAAGGUAAAAUACCUUUUGUAUAAGGUGACCCUUUAGGGAGGACAGUCCUUCUUUGGUAAGUUCUGUCCUCUCUCAAAAACUGUCCUCCUUCAUGUCCUCCUUUUUGAUAUUUAUUUUAUUUAUUUAUUUUAUUUAUUUUUUUACAUUUAUAUCCCGCCCUUCUCCGAAGACUCAGGGCGGCUUACAUUGUGUAAGGCAAUAGUCUCAUUCUAUUUGUAUAUUUAUAUACAAAGUCAACUUAUUGCCCCCCCAACAAUCUGGGUCCUCAUUUUACCUACCUUAUAAAGGAUGGAAGGCUGAGUCAACCUUGGGCCUGGUGGGACUAGAACCUGCAGUAAUUGCAGGCAGCUGUGUUUAAUAACAGGCUUCUUACAGCCUGAGCCACACCCUAAUCUGUAAAGACUAAUCUGUAAAUCUCUGUAUUUGAUCGAUGUCGAUCCGAUCCAUUGCGUGUGAUAUGACAUAUUUGUAUUUGACAUGACGAUUCAUGAAGGCUCAGUACAGUGUGGCGAGAUGUGAUUAUGAGAUGCAUGUGCUCCGCACAGGAGAAUUGUUUUGAGAGAGUGGCUUUGUUUACUUCUUACCGAAACACAAUACGGCACACAUGGAUGGAUGCAUUAGACUCACUUCUUUCUCAGUGAAUAUUCGAUCAUACACAGUUGAUCACCUUACUUUUGUAAGCACUGAAAUGUUCCCAGAUGGAUUGCUCAGAUUUUACAUCAUAGCCCUCCUGUGGCUUCCCAGCCUGAAAACGCUCCUCGCGGUUGUGACACACCCUCGAGUACUAACAUUUUGGGAGAAGCAUUUGAAGAACACGCAAAGCCUUGGACCAACAAUACAGUCAAGAGCAACUCUCCUUGUGGCCACCGGAGGGCGCCCCAAACCAGGAAUCCCAUCGGACACGCAGCCAAGCCUCCAGCAUCACUUUAGACCUGUCCCCGCUCGAGUUGGAACCCCAAAUGAUUCUUCUGAUAAGGUGGAGAAGAAGAUUGCCAAGGACGAUCAGGCGACCCUGGGAUGGAGGCUGCAGCCAUCGCAAACGGGGGCCGGUUGCAAGUGCUCCCAUUUUGAUCAUGUGACAGUGGGGAAAUGCGGCAAAGAUCGUAAGUGCGAGGACUGCUUAAAUCUGUGUGGUCCUUUGAGCCUUGCCAUGGAGGCCAUGCAAGACCUCUGCCUGCUUCUUCUCUUGAUGUUGCCCUUUUGCGCCUCAAGAUCAAUUCAGAACCUGGUCCUGGAAGAGGGCGAGGGGAGUGGAGACAGCGAGGGGGCUCCCUCCGACCCGACUUCUGCCAGGGCGACUCUGAGUGCGAGUCCCACCUCAGGGAGCCUUGUGGUCGAUUCGGUCAAUGGAACUUUGCACUCGUUCAACAUCCUGGAUGGCAUUGUGAACUUCUUCCAGACGUACAUGCUCUUGAUCGUGGUGCUGGGCUCCCUUCUCCUCAUCUUCCUUUCCAUCGUGUGUGCGGCUGUCAUCACCCAGCAGAAGCACAAGGCCUCCGCCUAUUACCCGUCCUCUUUUCCCAAAAAGAAGUACGUGGAUCAGAACGACAAGGCAGGGGGAGCCAAGGCCUUCAGCGAAGUUCCUGAGAAGCCAUCAGAUGACAGCCAAGAGGAGCCGGUAGAUUCCACCAAACAGUUGCAGGCUGACAUCUUAGCGGCUGCCCAGAACCUGAGGUCUCCAACCAAGGUCGUCAUGGUGAAUGGGAAAAGUGGCCCCAUGGAAGACCCACCGGUUGAAGGAAAAGAGAAAGGCCCCCAAAAAACAGAAGAUGUGGAGGAAGGCAGCUCCAAAGAAGAAGACGAAGAAGAAGAAGAAGAAGAAAAAUCACCAAAUGAGGCUGAGCUGCCUCCAGAGACAUCAGCCACAAACAAUUUGGCGGAUGCCGAGGCCAAAGAAGAAGAGAUCCCAUCUGUGGUGGAGACCCAUCCAUCUCCACCUGGGGAGUCCAAGGAAGCCCCACCCACUGAGAAAUCUGCCAUGCCUGUCUCAGAAGGUCAGAAGGACCAGAAGGAAGAGCUCAGCGCUCCACUGACUCUCGACCCCACAGAAGAAUCUAAAAACUGAACGGGGUCAGUUCCCAUCACUGGGGGGGGGGGACACCUUAUAAUAUGAAAUCUAAAGGGAUCUGUUUAUCAGAGGGCAGCAGAUCUUUACCUUACCUGUAAAGAAGACAAGUUAGCCACCUUCCCACCCUCCUGAAACACCUGAAAGUUCUACAUUAUUGUGAUUUUUUCUUCAGACUUGCCCAAGCCUUCCGCCCUCCAGGUGUGGAAGACCAUGACUUCCAUCAUCCCCUGCCAACCUGCUCAGGGAGGUGAUGAGAGUCGCUCAACCCAUCUGGGGGGAGAGGGAAGCUGAGUGACCGCAAUGUCAUAAUGUAGCUACUCAGCCAGAUUUCAUUGAGCAGGUAAGAUAGAACUUAUUUUAGAAGACCGGUUGAAGAAAACAAAGACUUCAACGUGAUUCCAGGAUUCUUCUGGAGGAGCCAUCUUAGUAUCGUCCUCCAGGACUUUCCCACUUUCAGGGAGAACAUAUCUGCACAUACAUCUACAUACAUACAUAAUUUUUGAGGUGGGCCCUUUGGGUGAGCAUCUAACUCUAUUUAUAUCAAUUCUGGACCAAGGUUGUGUGCAGAGAUGAUUGGCCAACUUUUUGAUCAAUCAUGAAGUCAUCCAGACCUUUCUUUCCCCCCACCCUCCACUGCUGAUGAGAUCGUCUUUGGGCAAACUUCACGUCAUUUCAUACCUGUCCUUCUUUUAAAGCAAAACUUGGCUCAACUCUGUUUAGCUGUCCCUUAUAUCAGUCAUGAAUUCAUUUACUUUUGUUACUCUCAGCUCUGAAGGCUGAACUCAUGGCCGUAUAUAGUUUCAGAAUGGUCAACCUGAAUUCAGAUUUUUAAGUACAAUUUCCAGCCAAGCAAUGAUAACAAUAGACAAUGGAUCCACCACUCAGUCCAAGUUUUUUUUUUUUUUUUAAUCUGGUUUCUGAGAAUCCUUAACUCCAAGUUCUCCAGAUGCUUUAGGAGAUCUGAUUGCUCAACCCAACCAACCUUGGGAUGACUCUGAUGACAUUUCUGAUAACUAUUCUUCUUACUCAGACUUCUGUAUGGAGGGGAGGACUUUCAUGAGUGAAAGAAGCCCAACAAAGGUGGACUUUUUAAUCUAUGUUCAAUCCUGAAGUUCUUCACUUGUCAAGAUUUGGUUAAUCUUCAGAGGAGGGAGGCCUCAUAUUUUUCAGCAUUCACCAGUAGCGGGUUCCACUUACCUUCAGAACUGUCAGCGCACCAGCAUCCGUGAUGACAUCGGGUGGGUGGGCGGAGCCUCCCACCACCGCCACUACUGAUUCAUCCGAACCGGGGGAUACUGGUAGAAACCCACCCCUGAUUCAAACACAUUGAAAAUGUUUUCUGGGCUUUUUAAAACUCAGUUAUGGGGUGGGGUGGAGGGAAGACUUUUGGUCAUUUUUUUUAAAAAAAAUGUUUUUAUACUUUGAUGAGGGACAUUGGAUUUCAGAUUCCCAGGUUCUAAUUUUUCCGCACCAACUAGAAAAAAAAAUUUCAGUAAGCUUUACAGCUGAAGCAAGCGAGAUUAACCUGGUUUGCGACAAGCCUUGAAGAAGCUGGGUGCCAGGAGAACAUAUUUGCAACAACAACAACAACAAAAAAAACCCUCCUUGGUUUUUCCCAGCCUCUUUGCAAAGGUUCUGCUGAUAUUUAUGACUUUCUCUCCCACUAGGGUUCUCCCAGGCUGACCCUUGUAAUCCUACUAAAAGCAUCUAUAAAUUUAGCUGACCGAGACAUUUAUUAUAGUUUUGAGGAAUUAUCUGGGGUAGGGUUUAGUAGGUUGACCCUCUCCGGCUAGUGUCUCCACAGUCCUAUACUUUCAAAGCCAUUUUUGAAAGAGAGACUAUAACGGGGCUGUAAAAGACAAAAUCUGGAGCUCCCCAACUGGAUUUAGCAUGAAAAGGGUUUUGUGAACCUUUCAGCAUCUUUUUCUAGGGCAGUGAUUGGCGAACCUUUUCGGCACCGAGUGCCCAAACUGGAGACCAGCUGGCCAGGGUGCAUGCCUGUUUUGGGGGCUGUUUUCAGGCCAUUUUGGGGGUAUUUUUGGCCCCAAAACAGCCAGAAAACAGCCCAAAAAAAGGCUCAGAAAGAGCCCAGAAAACGGUCCCCAAAACAGCCUGGAAAAUGGCUCAAGAAAGCCCCAAAAAUGGUCUGUUUUUUGGCCAUUUUUCGGGCCAUUUUCAGGUUGUUUUCCAGCGCCCGCAAAGUCCAGCUGGCUGGCGUGCAUGUGCCAUAAACCAGAAGAGCAGCUGGCAAUGGCGCGAGUGCCCCCAGAGAGGGUUUUGCGUGCCACCUCUGGCAUGUGUGCGGAAUCACGUUUCUAGGGCUUCCUAAACCUUAAAACAACGAGGAAGGACUCAGUGUUGAUCAAAAUGCAAAAUAAACAUCUUUACAGCCCUUCUUCACUUUCCAGAUGUUCCAACCCAGCCCACGUGUGGCAAAAGCCCAGGCAUGGCAGAAACCAGAUGCCCAAACACCUAGGACUGUGUUUCUCAAGCUUUAAGGUGUUUGCACUUCAAAUCCCAGAAUCCCCCAGGCAGCAGUUUAAUUGGUUGACAUGGCCAAGGAUUUCCAAAGAAAUGGCCCAAAUUCAAUAAAAUGCCUUCACUGUACCGCCCCCCCCUUUAAGCCUACAAUGAGUCCAAGUGUAUUUUUCUCCAUUGUAGAUGUAUGUUCCAUUAAAAAGAAAUGAUACAG